AUGUCCCAACCAAUCUAUUACACUGAAGAUGAAGCACAAAAGGAAUCCUAUAAGGGAUUUUCAGAAAAAUUAAAUCAAACCUUGAUCGAGUCUGUUCCUGAUGAAGUAGUAAGGGAGACUCAAAACGAUACACUCGUUAAAACAAAAUAUAAGGCACCGAAGAAGGAAAAUCCAGUAACAUCAAAAUUAGAGUUUGCUCCUCUGGCUAGAAAUUUACAAAUCGGAUCCAUCUAUACAUUAUUUAUUUGUGGAUUUACUUCUGUAGUCAUGACACCAUCGGAUCCAAUUUGGGCCUCCUAUAUUCCUGGUGGUUAUUGUAUAUUAUUAUCUUUUAUUCUUUAUGUUUGGUGUUUUUUCAGUGAAUUUAAUAAGCAAGAUAAGGUCACUGUUGAGGAUAUCUUGAAUCCAAAACAAUGGCCAGAACAUGUUUGUACAUUCUUGAGUAUCUUGUAUAGAAAUGAAACUCAAUGCGUUUUUUGUUUCUUGUAA